GGGCGAGGAUGUCGACGACGAUAACAGCAUGUGGCAUGCCAAACGGGCCUGGCGCUAGGCCCGUGCUCUCCUCAGCAGGCGCGGGGGGGACCGGGGCGCCGCCCGGCAGGCCGGGCAGGCCGCGCUGGCACGGCAAACGCCCUCCACGCCCGGCGCCGAUGGGCACCACCGCCAACCGCCACCGCAGCGGCGCCCGCGCCAGCCGCGGCGGCGCCCGUGGAGCCGGCGCGGCGGCUGGGGCGCUUGGCGCCAGCGGCCUCUGCCUGGGGCCGCCAGAGGGCGCGCCCGCCUCGAGUUCGGCGCGCGGGGAGGUGGCGCCGCGGGCGCCGCCCGUCCGCAGGCGCUCUCGCCCGCAGGCGUUGGCCAGUGCGGCUACAAGCCCGCCGGCGCCGCGCUCGCGUUCGCGCGGUGGCGGCGCGGCGCGCCGGGGGCGCGCCAGCGCCGGCGGCACCCCGCGGCGCUCCGCGACGCCGCCCCCGAGGGAGCCGGCGGCCGAGCUCGGCAGUGGCACGCCGCCCCGCCUUCGGCGCCCUGGCCGCGCCGAGGCGCCCGCGGGCUCCGGGGGCGAGCCCGCGACGCGAUCUGCGCCUGUGCCGCCCGCGCCGUCGGCGCCCCCCGCGCUGGCCGCGACCCCCGCGGUGGCGCCGCCCUCGGCGUGCGCGCCGGCGCCGCAGAGGGGUCCGCGGGCGGCGCCUGCUGUGGACCCGGCAGCGGCGGCGGCGCUGGCAUGGAUGGGCGGUGGCCGGCACUGCCAGGACUCCGCGCCCAGUCGCGCCCCAGCGCUCGGCCUGCCGCCCUGCCUCUUCAGCCGAGGAGGCUACAUGCAGAGCCCAAUCCGUGCGAUCGGGCGCUUCCUGUUCGGCCCGUCCUGGGCCUCCUUUGUGCUGGGGGCGCGGGUCACCUUCGGGAUGCUGCUUGUCGUCCUGAUCCUGUGCGCCUGGGUCACGGAGGUGAUCCAGAGAGUGUGCGUCCCCUUGUGCGGCUUCCUCGCGUGGUGUAAGCAGCGCUGCUGCGGGCCCGACCGCAACAAGACGAUCGCGGUGAAGACGGCCGACCAGCUGAACAAGGAACCGCCGACCAACUUCUACAGGGGCUGGAGGGCCGCGCUCCGCGCGGGUAGCGCGCGACAUGUGGUCUUCGCGGUCGACGGACAGAUCGCGCGUGUGGCCCUGCGCUGGAGCGAUGCCCAGACUAACGCCCAUGGCCUCAUAGUGGACUGUGAGGUGGUGUACGGCGCGACGUCGAGGAGGCCGAGGAAGGAUCUCGAGAAAGCGACCACCAAACGCCUCCACCUCUGCCGGAAGGCGGGCCCCUGCCAGGAGUGUGAGCCGCUGGGUUCUACGCCGUGGUCGCCGCAGACGCUGUGGUCGACCUCGACGAGCUGGUGGGGCGCGCGCCGCUGGGCUUGUGCUGCCUGCGGACCUCCCGCGGGCUGGCAGGGGUGCCUGGGUGUCUCUGGUCGUUUCUUCUGCGCCGGAGGCUGCUGCUGCUGCCAUGCCAGCUGCGGGCGCCGCGGGCGACGGCGCCAGCGGGCGCCGAGGACGGGCGACCCGAAGCCGCGCGACGAGUCGGGGACAGAGGACGAGGGCAUGCCCUGCGUGGCGCAUCGGGUCGGCUGGCGCGAGAGCGGGACGGGCCAGAUCACCCUCCUUGCGCCGCUGGUGCAGUGCGGCGACAAGGCGCUGGAGGAGAGCACGACGCUGCUGGUUGACGAUGCGAAGGUGAGCCCCAUGACCUCAGGAGGCGCGACGGGCGGAGCCCCGCGCUGCCCCCCCCACGCGGCCCUCUACCACUGGCUGAGGGGCGUCGAGCGGCUUGCCCUCUCCGACCUCGUGGCUCGGCUCGACGGGGUCGAGGCGCCCCUCGCGGGCAUCGUUCCGAGCCCGCCGAGUGCCGCCGAGUGCCUGAGGGAGCACCUGCGGGGCCCCGGACGCUACCCCGAGGGGGGCGACGCGGGCGCCUGGGGGAGGUUGCUGAACAGAUACGCAUGGGACCAGACCGCGGACGUCCUGAGCGGGCUCUCGCUGGCCGCGCCUGCCGCCCCCGCCGCGCCAGCCCUGGAGCCGCCGGGCUUCGCCGCGUCGGAGACCGCCAUCGUCUCCCUGGCCAGGACCUGCGACCGCUCGAACGUGCAGGUCUGCGCCACAUACGCCAGGGCGUCCCUCUACCAGGCCAUCAAGGAGGUUCUCGUCACUUCGAGAGGAGAGCUGGAUGGGCUGGGCUGGCCUACCUGCGUCGGCGCGCGGAUGGCCCUCGGGCUGGCAGGCCUCUUCUUCGGGGCGCGUGACCAGCGCUCCGUCCUCCCGCGCUACCGCGGCGUGGAGGACUUCGUGAAGCAUUCCCAGGGGGGGCGCGACGCCCGCGUCGUCCUGCAGAACGACGAGCUGGAGCCCCGCCCACGCUCGUCGGCUACCUUGGCGCAGUGGGUCAAGCAGGAGAGGAUCGACGCCGACGAGAAGCUUGUGAAGCUGGUGGAGGAGGACUCGGACGUGUUUCCAGGCGAGAAGGUGUGCGGCCAGUUCGAGGAGCUCAACUGGCGAUGGAGGGGGGGCAUCAAGGACGUCUACCGGCAGCUGCUGCGGCUCUUUGGCUGGGAGUGGUCGCGCAAGGAACAGCUCGAGUACAUGGCGCUCUCGCCCGACAGCGAGGGCAACCCUCUACUGCGCAUGCCCACUCUCCAAGCUGGACCUGGAUGA